ACUCGCAUUCCCGCUGACAGCACACAUUCCCUGCGUGGGUCAGCUGACACCAAUGUGAUGCUAGCGUGUUAGCUUAGCACCUAGCAGGAGGAAGACACCCUAAAAGGUAACCGAGAGCAAGGAGCUUUGGCUCUUUAAGCUUUGGACGAAUAGGUGGGAAUCCGCUUUGUGGGACAGGAGUCCGCCAGAGGAAGGAGGAGGAAGUGGAGCCAUGACAGCGACUACCUGGUUAGCACUAGCAGGUUAGCAGCCAGGAAGCGAGCUAGCUAGCUAGCCGUGACAGCGGGUUAAGCUAGCAGGCGGGCGUCUUCAUGGACAGCUGCGGGGAGCUGCUGGCUGAGAUCCGGGGAUUAACUCGAGGUUAGGCGGUCGGACUGUGAGGUAAAUGUUGGUUAAAUGGCAAAGACCGAGCGGGGCAAUGGGCUGGACUUCGCCACGGACAAGCUGACAGACACCGGGAAGGGCGGCGGGUUCGGAGCCGAGGUAAACGGCGGUGCCAUCCAGGGGGAGGACCGGGUGGACAAGUACGGAUUCACCGGGGGAGCCCAGCAGAACUCCGAGGAAUCCGCUGAAGCAAUCCCCAUCGAGGUGCUGAGACAGAGGGAGGCAAAAUGGCUGGAUAUGCUGAACAACUGGGACAAGUGGAUGGCCAAAAAACACAGGAAGGUAAAAGAGCGCUGUCAAAAGGGGAUCCCUCCAUCGCUGCGUGGCCGGGCCUGGCUCUACCUCACUGGGGGGAAGGUGAAAAGGGAGCAAAACCAAGGCAGAUUCCAGGAACUUGACGAUCAGACAGGAGAUCCUAAAUGGGUGGACAUCAUCGAGAGGGACCUCCAUCGACAGUUUCCCUUCCACGAAAUGUUUAAAGCAAGAGGAGGUCAUGGGCAGCAGGACCUGCUCCGGGUUCUGAAGGCUUACACUUUGCAUCGUCCUGAUGAGGGUUAUUGUCAGGCCCAGGCUCCCAUAGCUGCUGUUCUGCUGAUGCAUAUGCCGGCUGAGGAUGCAUUCUGGGUUCUUGUCCAGAUGUGUGAAAAAUACCUUCCAGGAUACUACAGUACAGGGCUGGAGGCGAUCCAGCUGGACGGGGAGAUCUUGUACGCUCUGCUGCGGCGGGUGUCUCCUGCGGCCCACGGUCACCUGAGGAAGCACAAGCUGGAGCCCAUCCUGUGCAUGACCGAGUGGUUCAUGUGCGCCUUCUCUCGCACUCUGCCGUGGACCUCGGUGCUGCGCGUCUGGGAUAUGUUCCUCUUUGAGGGAGUGAAGAUCGUGUUUAAGGUGGGCCUGGUUCUCCUGAAAUGCAUGCUGGGAUCCCAGGAGAAACUGAAGUCCUGCCAAGGUCUCUAUGAAACAAUGGAGCUGCUCCGAGCCAUACAGCCGCAGUACAUGCAAGAAAGGUUCCUGGUGCACGAGAUUAUUGAGCUAUCAGUGUCUGAGAAAGACAUCGAGAGGGAGCACCACGCUCAGCUGCGGCGUUGGAAGGAGAGUCACGGAGAUCUACACUGCAAGUCCCCUCCCAGGAUGCACGGGGCCAAGGCCAUCAUGAACGCCGAGCCGCCGAGCCGGCAGGACCUGAGACAGAGGCCCACGAUCAUUGUUGAGUCUCCCCUGGCGCCCGCUGGAGACAAGGUGCUGGCCGGGGACGCAAAGGGAAGAAGAAAGGCUAACAGGGAACAGCAGAAAAUAACUAUCCCAGCGCCAGAGGAGACACAUAAUCCAUAUCCUCCUCCUCCCAGUGACCCCUCACCUCUGCUCAAGCACUUGACCUUACAAGAGUCCAAAGAGAGUCUGAGCAGCGCAGAGCAUGACACUUACCUGUAGCAGGGUAAGUUUCACACCAGUUUACAUACACAAACCAUUCCAUAUAGCCUUCACUGACUCAGCAGCUUUCAGGCAUAGAGACAUGACAAACCUCCAUCACUUAGUGUGAGAACAUUUACAUUUUUACGGUCAUUACACUCCAAGAAAAGUUUUGAAUUUAAAGGGUAUUUUGAACGGUUGUAAACGUAAAGAAAUUACAUUUUCAAUUAUGACAAAAAAAUGCUGUAAUAAAGGUUGAUAUUUACUUUAGUAUUAGAGUCAUAGCUCUAUAUUUUAAAACCCAGUGGCACUCAAGACAGUGUGAGUGCCAGGAAGCAACAGUAGGUGGCGACUGUGUGCACUUUUCAACACGUCUGUGAGGUUUAUCUGAGUGGGAAUAUCAGCAUCAUAUGACUGAACAUGUAGGAUUUCACUCAGAAUCCCACCUGUUAAAAGCUACUGCUGCUAUUUCAUCCUCAAAGUAAAGCUCUGAUUCUCUCCUGUGUCGUAAAUGAAGUUUGAUUUUGUCUUAAUCGAUGAGAUCUGUCCUGGAGCACUUUGCCUUUCUAGUCUUCCUCUUUGCCUGCGUUAGUCGCUAUGUUGCCAACACAGAGAUUUGUAUUCAUCCGGCUUUGCCAGACGCUGUCGCUUUUCCCUUAUUUGCAGACACAAAGUUUAAGAGCGCGUCUGUUUUGCACGGUCUGGUGACUGUUCUGAUGCAUCUGUGAGUUGGAACACUUCAGGGUGCUGUGAGAUUAGCUCUGAUGCCACAGCAGCGACCAGCAGAAAUCUAAUGAGAAGAAGAACUGUUGAAAAGCGAGUGACUCUCAAAUGAAGGGGAAAAAAGUGUGCAGGGAUAUUUUAUGCCACUAAGCCAAAGAUUUUUAUUGCAUAUCUUUCUAAAUGUAUAUUUUCUAAACAGUUUAUUCAAUUAUAUUGUCGUACAGUAUUUAAUUUGUCAAUUUGGGAGAGCUUAUAGGGUUUAUAUUUAUGUCAUGAAUGAGCUAUGUGGAAGAACGCUAAGACAGAACUGUUUUGUACAAUCUUGUAAAAGGGUUAGCGGAUUUUUAUACUUAGAUUUAUCUGAUGAUAUCUGAUGGUAUGGGGAGAUUGUUUAUUUUGCUGCGGUCUGAGAAUCUAAACUUUUUAAUGCUCAAAAGUUCUAUAUUUUCCUUGUUUUAGUUUUAAUCCUAAAACCACCAAUGAAUCAACAUUUUUCCACAAUUGAAAGAAUUUGCAACCUAAAUAUGAAGUCUCAAGUAUUUUACAAAUCCUAAGCUGUUGUUGACUGACAAACUUGGUUAUGUGAUAUUCAUGCCUCAAUAGGAUUUGUUGGAUUUUUCUCUGCACUUUCAUGCAAAGGCCUUUUGUGAAGACGUCACCGAGCCAUAAACUUUGAAUAAUAACCAAAUGAAGAAAUGGUUUGAGAGGAAGUAGUGCAUAUGCACUCAGCAGAUAAUUAUUCCUUUACUGGAAAUUCAGUUGGUGUCAACAUCUUUAUGAGUAAUGACAAAUGGUAAUGUGUUGAUUUCAAACAUAUUUUGUUUAUAAAUAUAUUCCACGGGUUUAUUUUUGGGUGGAUUAGGAACCACUGUUUCUCUGCGAUGUUCUCUGAAGCUUUUGAUAUUUAGAUUUAAAACAUUUAGUUCAUAAAACAAAAUGCAUUCUCUGCUCUGUCAUGUAGAUGGUGCCACUGAGCUUCAUCCAGAGAUUAUUAUAAAACUGUUGAGUUACUAUUAUGAAGGAUACACAGAUGUGCUUUGCCAUAAAAAACCUUAGAUUUUUUUGGUAAGAUUUUGUAUGAAAGUAUAACACUGAUUUAGCUAGGGGCUCGCACAUUUACAAUUUCUGCUGUUUUAAUCAGUAUAUAGGACUUUUUUUCUGUGAUUUGAUAUAUUUUUGUACCAAAUUACAUUUAAAUCAAUAAAUGAAUGAAAACAUU